AUGAUCGUCGCCAACGCCCAAGACGGUAACGGCCUCUUCGGGGACGACAGCCACGGCAUCGACGGCCUCACGAAGCGAGGCAAGCACGGCUCUCACCCUGGCAAACUGCUCAUCCGUCCGCUGCUUGUCCAGCACACACUUGCGGCACUUGACCUCGACGCGGACGACGUCACGCGGGCCUUUUCGGCGUCGCACUUGGCCGUCUCUGGUCCCCAGCGCGAGUGGUAG